CUCGUUCGUAGCUACAGAAACAGAAAUGAGUUAUUCGGGGAAGAAAUUGAAAAGACCAGCAAAAAUCUUUUAUUAAUACUUGGCUCUCACAAUGAAUCCUGAUCGUUUUGUUGGAUCAUUACCGCACGGUAUCCCGAAGUUAGAUAAUCCUCUAAGUAUCUCAUGGCAUGACAGUUCUUGGAUCCCAAUGUUAAAUACUAAUAAUGUGAUGGAUUAUUUCUCAGAAAGAACAAAUCCAUUCUAUGACAGAACUUGCAACAAUGAAAAUUUGAAAAUGCAAAGGCUCGGUAUUGAGCAUUUAGGGAAUAUGGUUGGGUUAGAAUACUGUUUGUUACAUGUUCAGGAACCAAUUUUGUAUGUUAUUAGGAAACAACAUAGGCAUUCUCCAACUCAAGUUACCCCUAUAUCAGAUUAUUAUAUAUUAGCUGGUGUUGUAUACCAAGCUCCUGACCUAGCAUCUGUGAUUGGAUCACGUAUGUUAACUAUGGUUCACCAUUUGCAAUCUGCUUUUGAUGAAGCUGCAUCAUAUUCGCAAUACCAUCCUUCUAAAGGUUAUUGGUGGGAAUUCAAAGAUCAGGAAAAAACAGAAAAGGUGAAAGUCAAAGAAGAGCCAGGUUCUGUUUUCCAGCGUAGACGUGUUGAUGUUCUUCUUGGGGAACUUGCAAAAAAAUUUCCACCUAAACUUCCAUCACCUCCCCAAUUAGAGAAGCAAACCACAGAAGAGGCCAAUGUAGCAACAGUCAAGGUAGAAUCUAAAACCGAAAUUAAAACAGAAAAAGUUGACACUCCACCAACUACAACUGCAGCAACAACAGUUUCUUUACCACCUCCUGCAUCAGUACCAACAACAACUACAGCUGCCAACGCUGUUACUACAACUACAAAUGCAGUCACUUCAACAACGGCACAAGCAUCCACUGUAGUUACUUCAACAACACAAUCUCCUAUCCAAAGAACAGCUAUGAAACCACCACCUGAAAAGAAACCUAGAAUUGCUUAACUAAGUUUCAUUCUAGCUCUUGAUACCUCAUAUUUCAUAAACUUGUACAUAUUAGGCCAGUGCCAAAUACCUUUGAAAAUGGUAAAAAGUUCAAAAAAAUUAUAAUAGGAUGAAACCCAUCGGAAAAGUAAAGAAAUAUAAUAAAAUUAAUAGGGAAAAUA